AGGGGACCUCCCCUGCCCAAGGUCACGGGACAAAAUGCAGGGCGGCGAUUCGACCCCACUCCCAGGAUGGGCCCCUUGCCGCUCCCGGACACAGUCAGGCACUGGGUGCCGCGUUGGACGGCUCACCGCAACCACGGGGGUGGGCGCUAACAACGCGCGCAAGGGGAAACUGAGGCUCGGGGAGGGGCAGCCCCCUGCCCAAGGCCACGGGGCCAGGCAGCGGCGCCCCCGGAGGCGGUUGGAGACCUCGAGACAGAGCAGGGCCUGAGGAGGACAAAGAGAAGAAGAAAAAAGAGAGCAUCUUGGACUUAUCUAAGUACAUCGACAAGACGAUCCGGGUGAAGUUUCAGGGAGGCCGCGAAGGUGCCCACGAGGAUGGUGGCGCGGCCCUAGGCCCAGGCUCCGCACCAUGACCUGCUGGCUGUGCGUCCUGAGCCUCCAGCUCCUGCUCCUGCCCGCGGCGCCGCCCCCGGCCGGCGGCUGCCCCGCCCGCUGCGAGUGCACGGCGCAGACGCGCGCGGUGGCCUGUCCCCGGCGCCGGCUGACCGCCGUGCCCGACGGCAUCCCGGCCGAGACGCGCCUGCUGGAGCUCAGCCGCAACCGCAUCCGCUGCCUGAACCCGGGCGACCUGGCCGCGCUGCCGCUGCUGGAGGAGCUGGACCUGAGCGAGAACGUGAUCGCGCACGUGGAGCCGGGCGCCUUCGCCAACCUGCCGCGCCUGCGCGUCCUGCGCCUCCGGGGCAACCUGCUCAAGCUCAUCCCGCCCGGCGUCUUCACGCGCCUGGACAACCUCACGCUGCUGGACCUGAGCGAGAACAAGCUGGUCAUCCUCCUGGACUACACCUUCCAGGACCUGCGCAGCCUCCGCCGGCUGGAGGUGGGCGACAACCACCUGGUGUUCAUCUCGCGCCGGGCCUUCGCGGGGCUGCUGGCGCUCGAGGAGCUGACCCUGGAGCGCUGCAACCUCACGGCGCUGUCGGGCGAGUCCCUGGGCCACCUGCGGGGCCUGGGCGCCCUGCGGCUGCGCCACCUGGCCAUCGCCGCCCUGGAGGACCAGAACUUCCGCAGGCUGCCCGGCCUGCUGCACCUGGAGAUCGACAACUGGCCGCUGCUGGAGGAGGUGGCCGCCGGCAGCCUGCAGGGCCUCAACCUGACCUCGCUGUCCGUCACGCACACCAACAUCACCGCCGUGCCGGCGGCCGCGCUCCGCCACCAGGCCCACCUCACCUGCCUCAACCUGUCCCACAACCCCAUCAGCACGGUGCCGCGCGGCUCCUUCCGCGACCUGGUCCGCCUGCGCGAGCUGCACCUGGCCGGCGCCCUGCUGGCCGUGGUGGAGCCGCAGGCCUUCCUGGGGCUGCGGCAGAUCCGCCUGCUCAACCUCUCCAACAACCUGCUGUCCACGCUGGAGGAGAGCACCUUCCACUCGGUCAACACGCUGGAGACGCUGCGCGUGGACGGGAACCCGCUGGCCUGCGACUGUCGCCUGCUCUGGAUCGUGCAGCGCCGGAAGACCCUCAACUUCGACGGGCGGCUCCCGGCCUGCGCCACCCCCGCCGAGGUCCGCGGCGACGCGCUGCGCAACCUGCCCGACUCCGUGCUCUUCGAGUACUUCGUGUGCCGCAAGCCCAAGAUCCGCGAGCGGCGGCUGCAGCGCGUCACGGCCGCCGCGGGCGACGACGUGCGCUUCCAGUGCCGCGCCGAGGGCGAGCCCGCGCCCACCGUGGCCUGGGUGACGCCGCGCCACCGCGCCGUGACCGCCGCCAGCGCCGGGCGCGCGCGCGUGCUGCCGGGGGGCACGCUGGAGAUCCGCGGCGCGCGCCCGCAGGACAGCGGCACGUACACGUGCGUGGCCAGCAACGCGGGCGGCAACGACACCUACUUCGCCACGCUGACCGUGCAGCCCGAGCCCGCCGCCAACCGGACCCCGGGCGAGGGCCGCAACGACACGCAGGCGGCCGCGCGCUUCCCGCUGGACCUCACCAGCAUCCUGGUGUCCACCGCCAUGGGCUGCAUCACCUUCCUGGGCGUCGUCCUCUUCUGCUUCCUGCUGCUGUUCGUGUGGAGCCGCGGCCGCGGGCAGCAUAAGAACAGCUUCUCGGUGGAGUACUCCUUCCGCAAGGUGGACGGGCCGGCCGCCGCCGCGGGCCAGGGGGGGGCGCGCAAGUUCACCAUGAAGAUGAUCUGAGGGUCCGGGCGCCCCCACGCGGGCGCGGCUGACACCACCUAUGCAUUUCCCGGAGCGGCGGGGGGAGGGGGGCGGGGGCCUCCCUCCCCGCGGCCGCCUCCUGGCGGAACUUCCCCUUUUUUUGUAGAGACCCGACCACAGGACUUUUUUCAUCAGGACGCAUUUUUGCAUUGUUUCGCAAAGCAUUUUCUAAAGGUUUCACCCCGUCUUCCUGCCCCCGCCGGGGUCCCGAGCUGGGCGGGGUGGGAGUUCGGAGCCACCCCCCCUCCCCCUCAGCCCCAGAGCAAGUAGUUCACACGGGUGGGGGGGGGGGGGGGAGAUGGUCCAGCGCGCGGAGGGCAACCCGGCCCCCGGGGGAGGCCCGUGAAAGCCCAUACGGGCCACACCCGGAUGCCCCACACCGCACCUCACAUCCAGCGGCACACACGCGUUCACACCAAGGACACACAACCGACACCCAGCUCCGAGACCGAGCGCUCACACCUCCGACCCGCCUGACCCUGAACAGGUGCGCCCGGCCGCUGAGCUCCCGGCGGGCCUGCCCGGCUCUCGGGAGACCACCGCUCACACCUGGGACACACCCCACUCGCACUCAGGACACUCGCAGCUGACACACGGCCCACCCGAGACACACAGCUCACCCUUGGGACGUGCCCGGCCUACGCUGGGAACACAGUCGGCUCCCAGCCAGGACUCGCUCGGCUCACACCCAGCUCCUGAUGCACCGGGCAUCUUGGGGGCUGACGAAGGUCUGGCUGAGCACGUAAAUGCUCCCCCCAGGGGCCCAGCACACGGCAUGCUAGCCCCCCGU